AGCUAGACUGAGUUGAUCCCACGUGUGACGAUUCCAUUCCCGGCUCAGUAAUAUUCUCAUAGCGGGGCUUUGCAUAGCUUUUGCCGUGUCUGUGUGUGUGUGUCUGUUACUGUAGUUACUGCCUAUAGUUUGGUUAGCUAUGGAAGGAGACGGGAGUCAAGCCACAUCUGGAAGCCCAAAUGAUUCACAACAUGACCCGGGUAAAAUGUUUAUCGGUGGCCUCAGUUGGCAAACCUCACCAGACAGCCUUAGAGACUAUUUUAGCAAAUUCGGAGAAAUAAGAGAAUGUAUGGUGAUGAGAGACCCCACGACAAAACGUUCCAGAGGAUUUGGGUUCGUUACGUUUGCAGAUGCUGCCAGUGUAGAUAAAGUCUUAGCUCAACCACACCACGAAUUAGACUCAAAGACGAUUGAUCCUAAGGUUGCCUUCCCCCGACGCGCUCAACCUAAGAUGGUCACAAGAACAAAGAAAAUAUUUGUGGGCGGAUUGUCAGCCAACACGGUAGUGGAAGAUGUGAAGCAGUAUUUUGAACAGUUUGGGAAGGUAGAAGACGCCAUGCUCAUGUUUGAUAAAACUACUAACAGACAUAGAGGAUUCGGCUUUGUAACUUUCGAGGGUGAAGACGUCGUAGAGAAAGUCUGUGAAAUUCAUUUUCAUGAAAUCAAUAAUAAAAUGGUAGAAUGUAAGAAGGCCCAGCCCAAGGAGGUGAUGUUCCCACCAGGCACGCGAGGGAGGGCCAGGGGCCUGCCCUACACCAUGGACGCCUUCAUGCUGGGGAUGGGCAUGCUGAGUGAGUAUGGACCAACACUACUCCAGCAAAGUCCAGCACACUACUCAGUCCCACACGGUUACCCUAACAUUGUGGCGACGUACGGCCGUGGAUACACUGGAUUCGCCCCGAGCUACAGCUAUCAGUUCCCUGGCUUCCCAGCGACGGCGUACGGACCGGUGGCGGCGGCGGUGGCGGCAGCGCGUGGCUCAGGUAGGGGGGCCCGUGGAAGAGGCGGCUACAUGGCGUACCCACAGAACGCAGGGCCAGGCUUUCCCGAUUACGGGUUUUACUCUGCGCCCAGUGACCAGAGGGGGGCACCCUGCUCCUUUGCGGACUAUGGCUCCCUGGGGCCCCAGGCGGCUCAGAUGCUGCACAGUGAGCAUGCCACCUCCGCCUGCAACUCCCCCCUCCAGCACCUGCACAGCCCGGAUCAGUUUAAGAGCCCAGGGGGAAACCCACCUCGGCCUGGAGGUUUCCCUGGUGCCAACAGCCCAGGGCCUGUAGCCGAACUGUACGGCCCUGGAGGCCAGGACUCCAAUGUGGGCAACUACAUCAGUGCUGCUAGCCCCCAGCCUGGCUCCGGCUUCGGCCACAGCAUGGCAGGCCCGUUGAUUGCGACAGCUUUUACAAAUGGAUACCAUUGAGCAGGUGGUUGGUUGCCAUCUCAUUGGAGCAGAGUCUAUCUGGUGGUCCAGGGAAGACAGGCCGAAGCUUCUAAUUAGCUCUGAGUAUAGGUGAUGUCAUCCAACUUCAAGCACUACAGCAUCACCCAGGAAAAAUAAGAGGAUAACCACAAAAAAAAAAAAAAAAAAUUAAAAUCAUCUCAGAAAAAAAUUAACUGCUGUAUCAUAAUCCAAACCCGUAACCUGACAACCUGGUUUGGUAUGUUUCAUGUUGAUUUCAUUCACUUUUUUCCUUUCUUUUAUUAGUUCUUUGAUUAGCUUCAGAGAGAGGCAUUUUAGUUUCACCUUAUUUGGGAUUUUGUCUUCUAGUGUACUCAUGUAAAUGGUUUUGUCUUCUAGUGUACUCAUGUAAAUGGUUUUGCUUCUCUCUUUGGGGGUCAUAGUUGAAUGUUCGCAAGUCAUGCCUACACCUUUGGUACCAAUCAUUUAAACAAAACAGAUCAGAGCUUCAGGUGUCUUUUUGCACAAAAAAUAAAUCCAAAGUGGAAAGGUUUGGGAAAAAAACAUCCAUUUAAUUUCAAAUGACAUAUUCGAGAGUGUAACUAACUAAUGCAUUUUAGUAGCUGUUUUUUAUUUUUGUGAUGUCUCAUUGUUAACCAUAAUUACCUAUUUUUUGGGCAAUACAAAGAGGACUCCAAUAUUUUUAUGGUCCUUUUUUAUAAGUGUUGUUUUUGUUGUUUAGAAAAAAAAUAUGUAUACUAUAAACAAUUUCAUAUAAAUACAUUGUGAAUUCAAGAUUUAAGAAAAAGAAAUGUAACUGUAAAUAUUAUUCCAAUCAUGCAUAACCAACUUGAUGAGAGGAUAGCAUAUUUUUGUGAUGGUGUGUCAAAGAAAUGUUCUAGCGUGUGAAUAGAAAAAAAGCUCUAAACAAAUACUAUUAUCCUUUACUGCUCGGAGACAGUGACUACCCCAGUGUCGGACAGAACACUGAUGGCUUGCUCUGUAAAUACUCAAGCUGAAUAACUUUACAAGUGUCAUACCAGCAUAUUUACAAAAGGUGAGUUCAGUGCACAGUUCAGUUUUAAGGGGAGUUCAGUUUUAAAGGAACAAAAAGAUCAUUGGUAUCUUUUGUCUAACCAACUGUUAUUUAGAAAUCAAUAUUAUUUCAAAAAGAGUGAUCAUUUCAUCCAAAGCACACUGUAUUUAGUGUUGAAGAAUAGAACUCGAGCCUAAGCAUUUUACAGUGCUCUGCGCAUUCUGACACUUUUAUACUCCGGAGAGAAAAACUCAACUUGUUUGUAGUUUGUUGUUGUUUGUUUCCUCCUGCUUGUUCCUGUUAAGUUUGGGACGCAGUAUCUGGACUCUGUGGUAGAGUCAGUGUAUAACGCUUGUUCUCUCCAUCAGUUCUAUUUUCAAAUGAAUUAGGAAGGCAAAUAUUUUGAUACCAUACCUCAGUCCUGUGAGUUAUAUCUUGGAAUUGUUGACAGGUUUAAUUUAUUUUAGUGGCAAAUAGAUUAAAACAUUGAAUGGAAAAAAUAGUAAAUCAUUGCACUGUGAGCAGUAAAGAAAGAACAGGCCAUUUCCUAUUUGCACAUGUAUAUGUUGGCUAUUUAAAAUGGUUGUGUCUCUGGGGUGAAGUAUGAAGGAUUAUUGGACAUUGCUCCUCUCUAGAAUAGGCACACACAGGGGUGAAUAAACAGAUUGACAGAUCGCAAUUAACUGAUUAAUUACUACCAAUGUUUUGUGGUCAUGUCUUUGGAUUUCAUUGUAUGGUGUAAGUCAACUUCUAAUCUAAAAUAUUGAGAUCCAGCCAGAAGACACUGAAUAAAUGAUUCAUCCUGUUAAUCAUAGCUUGGUGCGCAGAUUUCUUCUGCAGUAUGUGUAGGGACAGGUUUUGGAGACAUUUAAUGCCAUGCUUUAAAGUGCAGUAAGAGUUGUAAACAUAAUGAUGGAAUGAGUGGUGUAUAUUCUGAUGAUGUACUUUUCCUGCUGCAAAUGUAUUUGAUAUUUCAUUUCACCUGAUGUUUCAUUUCAUUAGCUCUUUUGUUCAGAACAACCAGGUGAAGGAAAAUACUGGAUGCUUUUGAAUGAUGUGGAGAUAAACAAGUAAUAAUUUAAAUGAGAAAACAGAAGAGAACCGGUGUAAUGUUCAAAUGUAAAAGAAAAAAAGAAAUACAGAAAAAAAGAGAAAAAAAAGAUGCUUCUUCACUGAUUUCAAUUUUGAGUCAGGGGGUUUUAUUGAUAUUGUGGUUACUAUUAAUAAUUGUAAUAUUAUAUUAAAAUGUACUGUGCAUCCAUCGAUUUCUCUCUUUCCAUUCCCUGUCACCACAUACAAUAUUUUGUUGAUCAUCCAUGCAUAUCAAGUGUGUACAAAAAAAAUCACAAUUAACUUGUAACAGAGUGCUGUCUUUGAUACCAGUGUAGUGGUCUAUGCGCUUCUUUGUUGUUCUCCCUUUCUCUGGCUUUUCCCUCUGCCUCCUUUCUCUGUCACAUUAUACCCCACCCACCACCCGCCUCUCUCUUACUCUCUAUCUCCUUGUAAUUAGUUGUAGAUGUAAUGUGAUAAUACUUAUAGUUAUUAGUGGAUUUAGGACCAGUAAGGAUAGAACUUGCUCUUAUUAUCAAAGGUUUGACAUACAUUUGCAGACAGUUAUUUUAAUAGCAGUUCCAUGCCAUUUGUUUCAUAUGUCUUUUUCCUUUUCUGUUGUGUUUUACCGAUCUCACAUGGUUUCAACUAACCAAAGCUCUCACAGAAGAACUAUAGAGAAACAAAUUGCUGUAAGCUGAAAUUUUAAACAAGGCAUUAUUUGGAUAUUCUCCACCCUUGAAUGUUUUAAAAGGGGUGUGCCAUACUACCUUAAAUGCUAACGCUAGAUAUGCAAAACAUUUUUUUAUAUUACUUUCUAAGGGACACAAGCUAUAAUUAUGAAAAAUAUUUUAUGUGCGGAAAAAAAUCAUAUAUUUUUUUGAAAGUUAACAUUAAUGAUGAUGAUGAUAACAAUAAUAAUACCACUACUAAACUGUAAUAUCUUUUAAUCUUUGUACACUUUGAAAAUAUCCCAGAUGCCUAUAAGGCUCUGCUAUUUUUAGAUACCACUCUGUUUUUUAAAUGUCUCUGCCUUUUCUUUCACUCCAAAAACAUCAAUUUUGUGAAUACUUUUUUUAGUCCCUGGAAAUCAGCGCUUUAUUCUAAUCAAAGUCAGGCUUGUAUAUGUUGUCUGUUAAUGUUGCUCUCACAGAUCUAGACAGCUAUGCUUACUACUUCACAAUGGUUGCAAAGAAUUUGAGGUAAUCUACCUUCUAGAGGGGUCAUUUGAUGCCAUUACAUACUUGGAGCAAAGAUUACACAGAAUGAAUCGUCCUAAUGAUUGUUUCCUAACUAGUGGAGGUGGGCAACACCGCAUAAACUGAAGUUACCCCUGCAGAUGAUCUUCAUUUAGUUCACCUGUUGUUGAAUGUCUUCAUACAGUAGGUCAGGUGGUUAGUAAAACUGUAAUGUGUAUAGCAAGGGGGAGGACAAUGUCAAGUUUAAUGAUGAUCAUUUACAGGUGGGAAGUGCAUCUAAGCUUAGAUAUUCAUGUAUUUUCUCACUUAUAAUAAUAAGCAGCACUUCCAGAUAUAUAUUUUGGCCUUGGAGCCUUUUGUCAAGGAUUUAGUUUAUUGGAGGACAGAGAAAGUCAAAUAUUGUAGGUGAAUUCAAUAGGAGUUGAUAAUAAAGUAAAUGUUGGAUUAAUUCAUAGAUUCACUGUCCAUAACAUGUUCACAAAGAAAUGUAAUGUGUGUGGCAGGAUGAAAAUCAACAGUCCAGGUCCUACAUAUAGAUCUGUAGCAGUUUUUUUAAUAUAUAUUUUUAUAUUUAACUAGGCAAGUACAGUUAAGAACAAAUUCUUAUUCACAAUGACAGCCUACACCGGCCAAACCCAGACAACACUGGGCCAAUUAUGCGCCGCCCUAUGAGACUCCAAAUCACAGCUGGUUGUGAUACAGCCUGGAAUUGAACCAGGGUGUCUGUGACACCUCAAGCACUGAGAUACAGUGCCUUAGACUGCUGCGCCACUCGGGAGCAGGUUUAUUUAAUAGAUAUUCUAUACAGUACUCAUGAUAACAUUGCAAUGCCUUGAGGUACUUAUUCUAUAGUUAUCUCCUCUGAUUAAAGUAAAGGCUGGUUAUCCCAUUAAAAAGCUCAUUCCCUUUUGAUCUGUGUCCAAAUAUUAUUUUGAUUUGAUCCCGUAGCUUGGACUUUAAGGUAGCAUGGCUCUGUUGCUGUCAUUUUAUUUUUCAUUGACAGCAGUUUACAGCUGAUGAAUGUUACACAUCUUAGUAGAAUAGAAAUUCCAUUGAAGAAAAAAAAACAUGUUGGUUUAAGAAUUAAAAAUCGGAAAGGACAAAAAUGACCUGGAAGGUGUUGAUAAUUGGAGUACUACCGUAUCCAUUUAAACUUGAAUUUUGAGGCAAGUGCUAGGCAAUGGCCAAUCAUUUCAUCCCAUCAUCCAUGAAUCACCCGUGUUCAUUAGUCUGUGUACAUACAGUACGUACAUGUUCUGUUAUGUGUACACGUGUCUGACCUGUAUAUCCUUCAUGUGAUUAUGUGUGACUAGAUGAGAAUAGUGAGCCUUCUGUAUUCUAGAGACAGCAAAACCCUGUCUCACAUGGGUCUGUAUAACAUAGUAGCCAACACUGUUUUCAUCACUCGCUGUCAAAACAGUCAACGUUAUGGUAAGCUAGUGUGCUCUUUUGGCAUUGCAUUGUCUUCAAAAUUUUAACUGGACCUUGUUCAGUGGUCUGGCAUAGGUAAUACAUUAAGGAUGACUGUAGCAAUGAGUGAGCCAUCCUCUAGUUUCUUUUGGAUAGUCUUAACGUGUGUGGAUCGGAGUGCACGGCUGCUACUCCAAUCUGUAGUAACGUAUGAGGAAAAGUGGGCAGUCUAUGACUGCACAGCAUAAUGAGGCUAUUGUCCUUCCACUUAAUAUCCACUGUUUUCCAGAGUGGAGGAGCAGCCUUCCACUGAGCUCUCCUCGCUGAUUUGCUGUCUGCUCCUGAUUUGCCUUUCCUAACACUUGCCCAUUUUUUAACGUUAACAGACUUUUUACGCCGAGAGACUGACAGAACUGACUGACGUCUGAAAGCAUCUUUCAGGUCUUCUUGUAUGGCUUGCUCAAGCCCUGUUGUAAAAUAAACUCAAAUGGAUGGGGGUCUCUCACAUCUCAGAUGUGGAAAGUAUAAUUUUAUAUUUGUAUUUUCAAAUAAUAAUAAUGAUGAAAAAAAAAUUGUGAAAGGUUUCCAUCCUCUACUGUGGUCCAGAAAUCGAUGUGUCUGUCUGGAAAAUAAAAUUAAAUAAAAUGACCUGUUUUA